AACAUUUGAAUAACUAUUUCUCUCUAGUUAAUCUGAACUAUUAAAUAGCUUGGCAUGCGUAAAUCCUAGCGUCAACAUUGGGGCCACUAUUUCUUUAGAACUUCUAGGUUUGCUCAUAGGCUUAACUUUCAUUGCCAUUUUUUAAGCUUCAAUUUUCUUGUCCAGUGAAAGUGGUGCUUUAGCUUCUUCUUCUGAACAGUUCAACUCUUGUAAAUCCAUGUCUGCCGCGAAAACACAAUUAUCCGAGCCAAUUAAGUUAAAGCGCACAUAGCUAACAAUUGAAAACUGCAAACUCUACCUGAAAAGGCCCUUAAACAGCUUAAGAAGUUGAAAAAAAUUAAAACCUUAAAACUUUGAGUGAAGCUACUUUGGACAACUCAAAAGAUUACUAUAAUUAUUAAUGUUCGUUACUUUAAUACGUACAUUGAAGGUUAAAAUGCUAUUGAAUCAAAGUUUCGGAGAAUACUUAUAUGACCAGCUCUUCUUGGUUAAGAACGAUUUCUUGUUAGAUUUAAUUGAGCGCAUUAGUACGGCUUACAUUUAUCGCCUUCAUCUUUUAUUUUCCCAAAGUUUGGCGGAAAAAAAGUUAAAGCCUGACAAUCAAUUACUUUGCAAAGGAAAUGUGCAUUCCAUUUAUAUUCUAAAAUAUGUUAUAAAUUCUUGCGGAAAAAUUUUAAAAGAGAAUGAAGUUAAUAAAAGGAGCACGGACUUAAAGACGGCUAACAUUUACUACCAAACUUAUAAGGACUUUAGCGAUGAAUCUAAUUAUGAAGUUAAGGAUUUCAUUAACUAUAACAUGAUUAAACUAGAAAAGUUGCUCGUUGGAUUAAAAGAGAAACCUAUUAAAAAAAUCGGACAAUUCAUUUUUCUUUUUACGGUCAUCAUUAAGUGUUCUUUUAAUAUAUACUGUUCAUUUUUUUGGAAUGACUAUACAUCUUUUGAGCAACUAAACAAACAUAUUCGUGAUCUGCACAAGCAGUUUGUGAAAACUUGCGUUUCAGAUCCCGAGUCAACCGCUUCUGAACAAACAGAAAAAUUAAGAUUCUAUGAUUUAAAGCAUGAAGUAAUUCAAUAGCUUGUACAUAUAUUUCCAUCUUUUUUUAAUAUUUAUGUUACCCCUAAAUUACUUUUUAAAUUUUAAAUUAUUAAAAAUUGGUAUGCUCUCCACCAAUUAAACUUUGGAGAAGAGCUGUCGCGCUUGUUCGCGAGAAAUCACUUACAAAGGAAUUGACGGCUAAACGCGAGUUUGCGACGCUUAUUGAAAAGCUGAGAGCGUUAGGCUACGUAGGGGCAAGUACAUGUGACUUGGCUAACUAUGACACGUGCGAUCUGCCCGACCAGCCCCGAAUAAUAUUUAUGGGAGGCGGUAUGGCUAGCGGCAAAAGUUCAAUUGCUGGUAAAGUAACGGAAACGGAUUGGUGGGAAAAGCAUAAUAACUGUGUUGUUUUUAUUAACGCCGAUCGAAUAAAAGCUGUUGAUCCUGUUUUUCAAGCUUUGAAGGAAGAAGUUAGCGAAUAUGCCAGUGAACUUGUGCAUUCCUAUUCCGUUAAAGCUUCUGAGGAGCUUUUUUUAACAGCUUUAAAAAAAAGACGCCAUAUUAUAUUCGACGGGACGCUUUCGUGGGCUCCUUACGUCUCGCAAACAAUCGAAAUGCUCAGAGAUAACAAGCAUAUAUAUAAAAGAGGUCCAGGGUACUUAUUGAACAGCAACAAAAAUGGCACUAACUUUUUAAAAGAAAAAUAUUGGGAUAUUGAAAGUGCUUGCGAAAAACCUUUAAGGCCAUAUUGUAUCGAUCUUAUUGGGGUGACCAGCAGCGUUUCUAUAGCGCUCACCCGCGGAUUGGUCCGGAGAUUCGUUACUGGACGUGGGGUGCCUAUAGAGGACCAGGUGACUUCGCAUCGGCUUUUUAGUGAAGCUUUCCCUCGUUAUUUUCACCUUUUUGAUGUUAUCUCCUUAUAUGAUAAUAACAGAAGCGACCUCCUUUUAACCGACACUCCGGUUGGUCCCGAACUUAUUUUUGAAAGGAAAAAUAAUGAAAUAGUUUAUAUAAAUAUAAAAAAAUACAAAAAGUUUUUGAAAAUCAAAAAUAUUUGCACAAGGGACUUUACUGCUGCUGUUCCGGCGAAUGAAGUAGAAGAAUUGAAGAAACAAACUUUUUUACUUUCCAGCACAAGAACUCUUAACUUACUCAGGACGCUCAACUCACUUGACGUCGCGAUUGCUGAAUUCAAGGGCGCUUUGACGUACAACACCGCCACGAGAACAAGCAAGGUUAAUAUAUCGGAUGAUAACGGUAACGGCCGCGUCUCCUCCUGA